CACUCUGAGAAACAAUAACCAUCAGGCCAGGCUCAGACUGUACAGCAGGAUACAGUUGCUUACCCAGGGUCCUGGGAAACCGGUCCAGCCACGCGACCCUACUGCCAGCCAGCAUCUCUUUUCCCAGCAAAUCACCUCAGAACUAGAGAGCCCCUACUCCAACGCACCCAAAUCUUUUCCAUCAGCAUAGGUGCGCCUGCGCAGCGAGUCUCCAGGGGGUUCCUUUCCAGGGCCCAACCGCCUCUUUUUCCUGUUCCCUUCAGCCUCAGCUCCGCUGGUGCUUUUCCCUUAGGGUUAAUCACAGGGCGCCAAACACGUGGCCACGGGAAGGCUGGGGGAGGGGCACGGCACGGCGCGGGCUGCACGUCAGUGACCUUCCGGACGGAAGUCCGAAGCCUCGGGAGCCGCUGAUUGGUUUUCAGGCUGGCGCCUGUCUCGGCCCCCGCCCUAGUUUCGGGCUGGUUUGGCGCGGAAUUGGGAGACUCCGGGGCCAUGGCGCCGGUGCAUGGAGAUGACUCUGUGUCAGAUUCAGGAAGUUUUGCAGUCUCUCGAUCCCGGCGAGAAAAGAAAUCAAAGAAAGGACGCCAGGAAGCUCUGGAAAGAUUGAAAAAGGCUAAAUCUGGUGAGAAGUAUAAAUAUGAAGUUGAGGACUUCACAAGUGUUUAUGAAGAGGUUGAUGAAGAACAGUAUUCGAAGCUGGUUCAGGCACGCCAGGAUGAUGACUGGAUCGUGGAUGAUGAUGGUAUUGGCUAUGUGGAGGAUGGCCGAGAGAUUUUUGAUGAUGACCUUGAAGAAAAUGCCCUUGAUUCCCAUGAGAAAGGAAAAGAUAAAACACACAACAAAGAAAAGAGGAAUGUAAAGAAGGCUGCGGUGACAAAACCAAACAAUAUCAAGUCCAUGUUCAUUGCUAGUGCAGGGAAGAAAACCACAGAUAAAAAUGUAGACUUGUCCAAGGAUGGUCUGCUAGGUGACAUUCUACAAGAUAUGACCCCUGAGACAUCUUUUACAACUCCACCACCUGUAAUACUGAAGAAAAAACGAUCCAUUGAAACUUCAAUGAAUCCUUUCUCCAUGCACACCCCCAAGGCAAUUCCUUCAGGAAAAACUGAUUCCCCUGUCUCAAGGAAAGAGCCUCCAUUAACUCUUGUUCCUGUUAAACGUGCUCGAUUUGCUGCAGAUCCAGUGCUGGUGCCAUGUCCUACAGCAGAGACAGUGCCAGCCCUGUGUCCACGCAAUAAGGACGAGUCAGUGGCAGUGGAUUUUGAAGAUGUCGACUUUGAUGAGCCCAUGGAAGCUGAGGAGGUAGACUUGGAGCCUGUGGCUGCGAAGACUCGGGACCAAAAGAGUGAGCCAGCAAAAGGGGUGAAAACUGAGGCAGAUCCCCAGAAAGGGACCACGUCUUGCCUAGGGAGUUUUGUCCCAGAUGGCUCUUGUUGGGACAUUGAUCGGGAGGAUGACAGUGGUUUCUCAGCCCAGGACGUUCAAGUGGAUUCCAAUAAUCUCCCGCUGGUAAAAGGGGCAGAUGAGGAGCAAGUGUUUCAGUUUUUUUGGCUGGAUGCCUAUGAAGAUCAGUACAGCCAGCCAGGUGUGGUAUUUCUGUUUGGUAAAGUUUGGAUCGAAUCUGCUGAGACCCAUGUGAGCUGUUGUGUUAUGGUGAAAAACAUUGAGCGAACGCUUUACUUCCUUCCCCGUGAAACGAAAAUUGACCUACACACAAGGAAAGAAACAGGAACUCCAGUUACAAUGAAGGAUGUUUAUGAUGAAUUUGAUGAGAAAAUAGCAGCAAAAUAUAAAAUUAUGAAGUUCAAGUCCAAGAUAGUGGAAAAGAACUAUGCUUUUGAGAUACCUGAUGUUCCAGAAAAAUCUGAGUACUUGGAAGUUAGAUACUCGGCUGAAAUGCAACAGCUUCCUCAGAAUUUGGAAGGAGAAACUUUUUCUCAUGUGUUUGGGACUAACACAUCCAGCUUGGAACUGUUCUUGAUGAACAGAAAGAUCAAAGGACCUUGUUGGCUCGAAGUAAAAAAUCCACCUAUUGUGAAUGGCAGGGAACUUGUAUGUAGUACGAUUAUUGCUGUGUCAGCUUUGGUCCAUUACAGGUUUGCAUUAGAUAAAGCACCACCGCAUCCUCCUUUUCAGUCACACUUUUGUGUUGUGUCUAAACCAAAGGACUGUAUUUUUCCAUAUGGCUUCAGUGACAUCAUUAAGAAAAAGAAUGUGAAGGUUGAGGUUGCUGCAACAGAAAGAACACUGCUAGGUUUUUUCCUUGCAAAAGUUCACAAAAUUGACCCUGAUAUCAUUGUGGGUCAUAAUAUUUAUGGGUUUGAACUAGAAGUUUUACUACAGAGAAUUAAUGUGUGCAAAGUUCCCUACUGGUCCAAGAUAGGUCGACUGAAGCGAUCCAACAUGCCAAAGCUUGGGGGCAGGAGUGGAUUUGGUGAAAGAAACGCUACCUGUGGCCGAAUGAUCUGUGAUGUGGAAAUUUCAGCAAAGGAAUUGAUGCGUUGUAAAAGCUACCAUUUGUCUGAGCUUGUUCAACAGAUUCUGAAAAUGGAAAGGGUUGUAAUCUCAAUGGAAAAUGUACGAAAUAUGUACAGUGAACCUUCUCAUCUGUUGUACCUGUUGGAACACACCUGGAAAGAUGCCAGGUUCAUUUUGCAGAUCAUGUGUGAGCUGAAUGUUCUGCCAUUAGCAUUGCAGAUCACUAACAUCGCUGGGAACAUUAUGUCUAGGACGCUGAUGGGUGGACGAGCCGAGCGUAAUGAGUUUUUGUUGCUUCAUGCAUUUUAUGAAAACAACUAUAUUGUACCUGACAAGCAGAUUUUCAGGAAACCUCAGCAGAAACUGGUAGAUGAAGAUGAAGACAAUGAUGGAGAUACCAGUAAAUACAAGAAAGGACGGAAGAAAGCAGCUUAUGCUGGAGGCUUGGUAUUGGACCCUAAAGUUGGCUUUUAUGAUAAGUUCAUUUUGCUUCUGGACUUCAACAGUUUAUAUCCUUCCAUCAUUCAGGAAUUCAACAUUUGUUUUACAACCGUGCAAAGAGUUGCUUCAGAGGCACAGAAAGUGACAGAGGGUGAAGAACAAGAACAAAUCCCUGAGCUGCCAGAUCCAAGCUUAGAAAUGGGCAUUUUGCCGAGAGAGAUCCGGAAACUGGUCGAGCGGAGAAAGCAAGUCAAACAACUAAUGAAGCAGCAAGAUUUAAAUCCAGACCUUGUUCUUCAGUAUGACAUUCGACAGAAGGCCUUGAAGCUCACGGCAAACAGUAUGUACGGCUGCCUGGGAUUUUCCUACAGCAGAUUUUACGCCAAACAACUGGCUGCUUUGGUGACAUACAAAGGAAGGGAGAUUUUGAUGCAUACGAAAGACAUGGUACAGAAGAUGAAUCUUGAAGUUAUUUAUGGAGAUACAGAUUCAAUUAUGAUAAACACCAAUAGCACCAAUCUGGAAGAAGUAUUUAAAUUGGGAAACAAGGUAAAAAGUGAAGUAAAUAAGUUGUACAAACUGCUUGAAAUAGACAUUGAUGGAAUUUUCAAGUCUCUGCUACUGCUGAAGAAGAAGAAAUACGCUGCUCUGGUUGUGGAGCCAACAUCAGAUGGGAAUUACGUCACCAAACAGGAGCUGAAAGGAUUAGAUAUAGUUAGAAGGGAUUGGUGUGAUCUUGCUAAAGACACUGGAAACUUUGUCAUUGGCCAGAUUCUCUCUAAUCAAAGCCGGGACACUAUAGUGGAAAAUAUUCAGAAGAGGCUAAUAGAAAUUGGAGAAAAUGUGCUAAAUGGCAGUGUCCCAGUGAGCCAGUUUGAAAUUAACAAGGCAUUAACAAAGGAUCCCCAGGAUUAUCCUGACAAAAAAAGCCUGCCUCACGUACAUGUUGCCCUCUGGAUAAAUUCUCAAGGAGGUAGGAAGGUGAAAGCUGGAGAUACCGUAUCGUAUGUCAUCUGUCAGGAUGGGUCAAAUCACAGCGCAAGUCAGAGGGCCUAUGCACCUGAGCAGCUGCAGAAACAGGACAAUUUAACCAUUGAUACCCAGUACUACCUGGCCCAGCAGAUCCACCCAGUCGUGGCUCGGAUCUGUGAGCCCAUAGAUGGAAUUGAUGCUGUCCUCAUUGCAAUGUGGUUAGGACUUGAUCCCACCCAAUUUCGAGUUCAUCAUUAUCUUAAAGAGGAAGAGAAUGAUGAUCUACGUGGUGGCCUAGCACAGCUCACUGAUGAAGAGAAAUACAGGGACUGUGAGAGAUUCAAAUGUCCAUGCCCUGCGUGUGGAACUGAGAAUAUUUACGAUAGUGUCUUCGAGGGUUCGGGAACCGAUAUGGAGCCCAGCUUGUAUCGUUGCAGUAACAUCAACUGUAAGGAUUCACCCCUGAACUUUAUGGUACAGCUGAACAACAAACUGAUCUUGGACAUUAGACGUUGCAUUAAGAAAUACUAUGAAGGCUGGUUGAUUUGUGAGGAGCCAACAUGUCGAAAUCGAACUCGGCGCCUCCCUCUUCAGUUCUCCCGAAAUGGACCUCUCUGCCAGGUCUGCAUGAAAGCUACACUUCGACCAGAGUAUUCUGACAAGUCCCUGUAUACCCAGCUGUGCUUUUACCGGUACAUUUUUGAUGUGGACUGUGCACUGGAGAAACUUAUUACCGAUCAUGAGAAAGAUAAAUUGAAGAAGACUUUUCUUACCCCCAAAGUUUCUGAUGACUACAGAAAUCUCAAGAACACGGUAGAGCAUUUCUUGUCCCAAAGUAGCUACACUGAAGUGAACCUCAGCAAACUCUUUGCAGAUUGUGCGGUGAAAUCCUGAGGGCACCCCAGAAGUAGCUGAGGUGCGGGUGGUUGAAAGAAGACUGCAACUCCUUCACCUCCACCAUGGCCCUGACUGCUUCUCCGGCAUCACUUUUCCGGCAUCGCUUUUCCUUUGGGACUGCAUCUUGUGUUUAUGUGGAUGUGGCCUGGGAGGACGAUUAUUAAAGGGACUGCAAAAUGAUUUAAUCUCCCAAGCAACAGAGAAAACGAAAGCGGCCUUCCUAUUACAAUCGACCACGUACCAUUGAAACAUGACCCCGAAGCCCUUCACCAAGCACCUGAAGAGCUAGCUGCUUUGGAUUCGGGACUGGAUUUCCAGGGGGAGGGGUCAGUGAGGGGCAAGAAACUAAUUGAGAGUGGCUGGAAUGCAAGUGACCCCAGGCUUUGCCCCCAGGGACUUCAGCGGAGGUGCCCCCAGAAGGAGAGGCUCAUGGGGCCUGGUAGGAGUGCUAACAUUUUGCCUUUUCACACGCCAAUUAAACCCAGGCUGAACCCAAGUGCUUCCCAGCCACAGGCUCCAGGAGUGGCUGUCCUUUUCAGUCUUGUCUUUUAUAUAGGUAGCCGAGGCGGGAGGUUUAGAAGCCUUGCACUCACUAAAUAGAUUAAACAGAGCUUACUUGUUUAUUGAAUUGCUGCAAAGUCCAACACGCACCCUGGGCAGGUGUUUUACAGUCACAUUCCUUUUUUUUUCCUCUUUAAGUAGAAAAUCCAGGUAAAGGUUUAUACAAUAGGAAAGCACAUUUAAAAUAAUUUGAUAUCCUCUAACAUUUCAUUAAAAAUGAAGCUGGGGCAAGAAUCAUUGUGUUUUAUUCACAAAAACUGGGGAGAGGGAUGGUUAAUUGGCCCUGGUCUGUUUUUUCUCAUUUCUUUAGAAUAGUGCACUCUUUGCCAGAAGCUAAACGUAUUUCAACAUAACAGCCUUUCCCUUCUUAUGGUAUUGGUCAGAUUAUACUAACAAUAUUUCCCCCUUUACAAUUAUGCUUUAUUUUUAAAACUAUCUACCUAUGUGUUUUUAUAAAAGAAAAAUAUGCUGUGCUCUUUUACUUAAGAAUAAAGUUUUCUAAA